AGUCCCGCUGUCAGAGGAACCAGUCGAAGGGGUGAAUGUUAUUUUCUGCAUUACGAAAUUGGGAUUAUAAUCUCUGCUCUACUUUAAUCAAUCCUCUUUGCACCUACUACAGGAGAAUGUGCACACUUAGUGGAAUUGGUGAAUCGUUAUUCAAAGUCAUCAGAUCUCUCCACAAUUUCCGAAAUAUUUCUCAUAUGUCUUCCUUUAAAUUUGAUACUUUAUCGGUAUCAAGGCCCAAAGAGUUUGUGUACAAAGUCCAACUCAACAGACCAGAUAAAAUGAAUUCAUUGAAUAAUACGAUGUGGCUGGAAAUCGGUGAAUGUUUUAAAAUGAUUGAUAAUGAUGAGGACUGCCGAGUGGUCAUGUUGACAGGUGCCGGCAAGGCUUUUUGUGCAGGAAUUGAUUUGCAAAAUGCCAUGAACAUGGGUCAACAGAUAGCACAAUAUGAAGAUAUUGCACGCAAAGCUAGACUAGUGGAGAAACGACUAACGCAAUACCAAGAUGCAUUUCUAUCAAUCGAAAAAUGCCGGAAGCCGAUUAUUGCUGCUAUACAUGGCCUUUGUAUUGGUGCCGCCUUGAAUAUGAUUUGCGGUGUUGAUAUUCGUUACUGUUCAAAAAACGCCUGGUUCUCUCUGAAAGAAGUGGAUUUAGGAAUGGCUGCCGAUGUAGGCGCAUUACAAUGGCUCCCUAAGAUAGUUGGCUCGUCGAGUUUAGUCAGAGAAUUGGCUUUCACUGGACGUAAAAUUCAAGCUGAGGAGGCGUUACAAUGUGGCCUCGUCAGCCAAUUAUUCAAAGAUGAUGAAAGUUUAUGGGCAGAGACACUUAAGCUUGCGGAGGAGAUUUCCCAGAAAAGUCCAGUUGCUGUCCAGAACACCAAGAAAGCGUUAAUCUAUUCAAGGGAUCAUACGGUUCCGGAGGGCCUCGAAUAUAUGGUGAAUUUGAAUCAAGCAAUGUUACAAAGUGAGGACUUUAUUAAGGCUGCAAUUGCAAUAGCCAGUAAGGGAGAACGUCCAAUAUUUUCCAAAUUGUAAAUAGUAUCAGGUGACAAACGAAUAUUCCCAGUCCCAGAAACUGAAAUGAAUCGUAAUUAUAACAGGUUCAGUUAUAUAAAUUAAAUGCUUUUUUUUUAUUAUUGUUAAAUGAGAACACUAUUAUAAUAUACCUGGUUAAUUUUCAUA